AUGUCCUCGAAGGAGUCGGGGGCAGAGCGCUCGGCGGAGGGGUACUACUAUUGCAAAGUAUGUCAACAGACGUUUUUCGGUACUUAUGCGGUCGAUUCUCGCUGCAUCAACACCCGCAAGUGUGCCGGUGAAGUGCGCAAGUGUGCCGGUGUUCUGGAGGCGAUUGCGUCGCCGAAGGAAUUGUCGCUCACUUUGGAGAAGAGAUUUUGGAGAGACUCCGCGAGGAGUGGAGAUCCGUUUGAAAUUUGGAAGCUCGUGACGGAAUGCAAGGAUAUCUUCGUAACGCACGUGAUCCCACGUUUGACGAGUCAGGAUUUGAAGUGUUUUAAAGAAGUAAAUCGAGCGUCGAGGGAGGUCGUCAAAGAGGCGCAUGCGAUGGAGAAACUGAAAAAAAAGUUUCAAAUACGCGAGUUGACAUCAGUUGCGAGCUUAAGGUGGGCUUUUAAUCGUUUCGAUGGCAACGAGGAGGACUUUUUUGCCAGCGUAGCAAUGAGUGGCAAUUUGUCGUUCGUUCGAUGGUGUCGAAAAUUUAUGAAGUGGGAUUACCGAGUGUGUACAUACGCGGCGUCUCGAGGCGAUAUUGCGAUGCUGAAGUAUGCACGAUCGAGGAAGAAUCCAAACACAGGGAACAAAGUCUGCGAGAUGAAGGGACAUGGUGCUUGUGCUUGUAACGCAGCCGCAGAUAAUGGUUCACUGGAAUGUUUGAAGUUUGCGUUCCAGGAGAAAUGCGGCUGCUCUGGUAACUGUCAAAAUAGAGACAAUGUCCUUGAUUUCACAGCUCGCCGAGGACACCUCGAACUCCUCAAAUGGGCUAAAGAAGAGGCGAAGUUAGAUUGGCCAGAAGGCGAGAGCGAUGAUGACGAACCGGAUUUACUUAGUUUUACAUCAUGCAAAGCUGCUGCUCUUGGCGGUCACCUCGAUUGUCUCAAGUAUUGUCGAGAGAAAGGGUGUGCAUGGGGGCUAUGGGUGAUGGAAAGUGCAGCGUUUUCGGGAUCAUUAGAUUGUCUGCGCUACGCAUGCGAAAAUGGGGCGUCAUGGUCAUUUUUCGAUUUUGAUGAGGGAUCUGAAAUUUUUGAUGACGGGGAUGAGUUUUGGUAUGGCGUUACGCAAUAUGCAGCCGCUAUGGGAUGGCUAGAUAUUGUUCAGUACUGUUUCGAGCAUGGUGCCCCGUGGUCGACCUUCACGUGCGAAUACGCCGCUAAAAACAAUCACUUGGCUAUGCUGCGCUACGCACUCGCAAAUGGUGCAUCGUUUGCACAAGAUUAUGACUGGGACGAUAUCUCCGAGGAUUGGUUAGGUGUUGGAUCACACUGUGCCAAAAUGGGAAACCGGGAGAUGAUGGAGCUCGCUCAUCAAUCGGGCGCGGAAUGGGGAUCGCUGACGACAGAGUAUGCGAUUUUUUAUAACCACUUUGACUGCUUACAAUAUGCAUUUGAACAUGGUGCAGAACACGCCGAUCCAGGAGGAUUUAGCAUGUGGGAAGUAGAGGAUGAUUAUGCUGAUGACAUCGGCGAGGCGGCCAGAAAUGGCAACUUUGCAAUGCUAAAGUAUAUCGUCGAAGUAAUGAAGCGGGAAAUAUGUGAAAGAUAUUUUGACGACGAAGGAGACAUGGAGGAACGUAAUGCCGCAGCAAGUGGCUCUCUGGAGUGCUUGAAGUACAUCCAUUCUCUUCUCGAAGCGAAAGGAUACCCAUUCCUAGGACAAGCGUGCAUUGACGCUGCCAGAAACGGUCAUCUCAAUUGCGUGCAAUAUGUCGUAGAAAACGCGAAGAUGACGUUGAAGGAAGGCGCAGAGAUACUUUCCGAAGCAUGUGCAGAAGCGAAAAGACUCAAACGUUAUACAUGCCUCGAAUACUUAAGGUCUCUACUUAAGCACGAUUGA